CCCGCCCGGCUGCUCCGCCGCGCCCGAGCCGGGGAGCGAGCGCAGCCAGAGCGCUGCGGGCUCACAAAGCGGCCGGACGCGCGGCGGGCGUGCAGGGCAGCGAGCCGGCCACCAGCCUCCUCCGCGACCGCCCCACACGAGCUCGAGCACUCGGACGCGGGGACCCGGGCCGCUCCCCACCCACCCACCCCAAGAUGCCCGCGGUCGCCGUGCUGGCGGCUGCAGCCGCGUGGUGUUUCCUGCAAGUGGAAAGCCGGCACCUGGACGCGCUCGCCCGAGGCGCGGGCCCCAACCACGGCAAUUUCCUAGACAACGACCAGUGGCUGAGCACCGUGUCCCAGUACGACCGGGACAAGUACUGGAACCGCUUCCGAGACGAUGAUUACUUUAGAAACUGGAAUCCCAACAAGCCCUUUGACCAAGCCCUGGACCCGUCCAAGGAUCCCUGCCUGAAGGUGAAGUGCAGUCCUCACAAAGUGUGUGUCACCCAGGACUACCAGACUGCCCUGUGUGUCAGCCGCAAGCACCUGCUCCCCAGGCAAAAGAAGGGAAGUGUGGCCCACAAACACUGGGCCGGACCCGCCAGUCUGGUCAAAUGCAAGCCCUGUCCCCUGGUGCAGUCGGCCAUGGUCUGUGGCUCCGAUGGACACUCCUAUACUUCCAAGUGCAAGUUGGAGUUCCACGCUUGUUCCACCGGCAAAAGCCUCACCACCCUCUGCGAUGGACCCUGUCCGUGUCUCCCCGAGCCUGAGCCACCCAAACACAAGGCAGAAAAGAAUGCCUGCACGGACAAGGAGUUGAGGAACCUCGCUUCCCGCCUCAAAGACUGGUUUGGAGCCCUUCACGAGGAUGCCAAUAGGGUGAUCAAACCCACCAGCUCUGACACAGCACAAGGCAGGUUCGACACCAGCAUCCUGCCCAUCUGCAAGGACUCCUUGGGCUGGAUGUUCAACAAACUGGACAUGAACUACGACCUCCUGCUUGACCACUCGGAGAUCAACGCCAUCUACCUGGACAAGUAUGAGCCCUGUAUCAAGCCCCUCUUCAACUCCUGUGACUCCUUCAAGGACGGCAAGCUCUCCAACAACGAGUGGUGCUACUGCUUCCAGAAGCCUGGAGGUCUCCCUUGCCAGAAUGAGAUGAACAGAAUUCAGAAGCUGAGCAAGGGGAAAAGCCUGUUGGGGGCAUUCAUUCCACGCUGCAACGAGGAGGGCUACUACAAAGCAACGCAGUGCCACGGCAGCACUGGCCAGUGCUGGUGUGUGGACAAAUACGGGAACGAGCUGGCUGGCUCCCGCAAGCAGGGCGCGGUGAGCUGCGAGGAGGAGCAGGAGACGUCAGGGGAUUUCGGCAGCGGCGGCUCGGUGGUCCUCCUGGAUGACCUGGAGGACGAACGGGAGCUGGGGCCUCACGACAAAGAGGGCAAGCUGAGGGUCCACAGCCGGGCCGUGGCGGAGGACGACGAAGACGAGGACGACGACAAAGAGGAGGAGACGGGCUCCAUCUGGUAGGGCCCCCUGGAGGAAGGGGACACGGGUGUGGCCUACCACUGCCUGUCGCUUCCUGUUCCUGCAUUUGUAUCUAAAGACUCCAAGGCGCUGCCGCCGAGGCCGCUUCCCCACCGUCGCUCCCGAUGCCCGACCCGAGGAUUGGAGACAGCCGCCUGCUGCCACUCCCACCGUGCAUGCGGCUGUGUGGGCGAAAGGGUGUUUUGUUCGUUGUGUGUGCGGACAGGGGACGGGCUGGCCUCGCCACAGCCUCCUCUCCUCCUGUGACCGUUCUGCGCCCAGCAUGUGAUUCCCGUGGACUCGUGACAGUGCAGGGAGCCCGGGCUCCCCCCGGGGCAGGCACAGCAUGGUUCCCAGCCUUACUGCGUCCCAGUGCUCCUCGUGUGUCCUGUAGCUGUUGUGGAAAACGCACCGCACUGUACCCCCAACUACUGACUGCCCUGGGUGUUUAUUAUUUCCAAAUUCAUUUCUCGCAUCACACUAUCUGGCUUCCUACCAACCACAGCCUUAAUUCAGCCAAGAGUCCUCUGGGGGUGGGGGAAGGGAAGGAGUUCGCAUUCUUUAUUAAAAAUUGGUGUCUGGAUGUUUCUUGCUGCACAAGCUUCAAUUGUAUGCAGGUAUGCAACAGGCUGUGUGUGCGUGCAUGCGCGCACGCCCUGCUCGCACCUCUCACAGGCAGUGUUGGGCUAUCUUAUUAAAAACUCAUUUGAAAAACAAUUAAAAUUUGUCAGCUUGUCCAGACCUGGAAUACGACUUCUGGGGUAGGGAAUUUGCAUCAAAGCCUUUUCUUUGCACUCACAGCUGGCACUUGUAGCCUGCGGGCUGAGGGGCUGCUUCGCUUUGCUUCAGCUGAGUUCCUGGAAGCCUCUUUGAUUCGGAUAAGCCAGCGUCUGCCUAAAUCACUUUUCUUGCAGAAGCCAUGCGACUCCCACGUGGGCAGCUUCACCAGCCAUCCCUUUCAUUUCGGCUCUAAGUCCCCUCGGGCCGCAGCACUCCGCUCUGCGGGUUCCUACCUUCCCUGUCGACUCAAGGGCUUUGCUGAGGUCUGCACCCCACC